AUGAAAGUUGGGACAUAUUUAAUUAAAAGAUUAAAGGAAUUAGGUAUCAAGCAUGUAUUUGGAAUACCCGGUGAUUUCAAUAUGGACAUUUUGGAUUAUGUAGAAGAUGAAGAAGGAAUUGAAUGGAUUGGAGGAUGUAAUGAAUUGAAUUGUGGUUAUGCCGCUGAUGGUUAUGCAAGGAUUAAUAAAAUAUCCGCCUUGAUAACAACUUUUGGUGUAGGUGAACUUUCGGCAAUUAAUGCCAUUGCGGGUUCAUUCUCGGAAAUAGUUCCAGUUGUACAUAUAGUAGGGACCCCUUCCACUAAAUCUCAAUCCGAAGGGGCAAUAUUGCAUCAUACCCUUGGCAAUGGAGAUUUUAGAAUUUACACGAGAAUAUACCAAGAAAUUACGGUAGCCCAAACUUGUCUCAAUCAAAAUAAUGCAAAAUCUGAGAUUGAUCGAGUAUUAAGAGAAUGUUAUAUAAAAGUAAGACCAGUUUAUAUCUCCCUACCAGUUGAUGUAUGUCAUCAAGAAAUUGAUGUUGUCACGGAUCUUUCGGAGGAUCUAUUAAAUUUAUCCUUAUCCGAAAAUUGUCAUGAUGUCGAAUAUACUGCUGUAAAUCACAUAGUUGAAAUUAUUCGUAAAUCUAAUCGUACAAUUGUUCUCAUCGAUGUUGGAACUUCCCGUUAUGAUGCUACAAAUGAAAUAUUGGAAUUUAUUGAAAAAACUGGACUUCCAUUUUUUACUUCUCCAAUGGGAAAGGGGAUUAUAUCUGAAGAUCAUCCGCAAUUUGGUGGAAUUUAUAUUGGUAAUGUAAGCGAAUCCCACGUUAAAAAUGAAGUUGAACAUGCUGAUUUAAUCAUUUCCGUCGGUGCGAUCAAGUCAGAUUUCAACACGGGGGGAUUUUCUUACCAUGUAUCUCAAGCAAAAACCAUAGAAUUUGGACACGAAAAAGUCAAAGUCUUCUAUGCGCAUUACGAAAAUCUUUCUUUGAAACAAAUUUUGCCUAAAAUCACGUCAUGCUUGGAAAAUUUGAAUAAUCUUCCACAAAUUCAACCCCCAUAUCAAUAUCGUCUACUUCCUGAAGAAGUGGAAUCUAAACUGAUCGUUCAAAAUUGGUUUUGGAGAGAGAUUUCUUCAAAAUUUUUUAAACCUAAUGAUAUUAUUAUAGCAGAAACUGGUACUUCAAUGUUUGGAUUAAUGGACAUUAAAUUUCCUAAAGGUGCAACAUUUAUUAGUCAAAUCUUAUACGGAAGUAUCGGAUAUAGCGUCGGUGCUACUUUGGGCGCUGCUUUAGCUGCGAGAAAUAAUCAAAUGAAAAGACGUGUUAUUUUAUUCGUGGGAGAUGGAUCUUUACAAUUGACCGUACAAGAAAUUUCCACAAUGAUUCGUUACAAUAUUCAACCUAUUAUUUUUAUUCUUAACAACGAAGGAUAUACCAUCGAGCGAAUGCUUCAUGGACUUAAACGUGAAUAUAAUGAUAUUCAACAAUGGGAUUUCUGUAAAACAUUGGAUUACUUUGGUGGGGCAGGAAAAGGAAAUUCCGUUAGAAUCUCAACAAAGGAUGAAGUAGAAUCUUUUAUUCAGAAAUUUUCGCCGGAUAAAAUUCAAAUUGUUGAAGUUAUUAUGGAUAAAUAUGAUAUUCCCAGAGCUUUGUUAGAAACUGCUAAAAAUACUUAUAAACAACAUGUUUAUGAAGAAGUUAUUCCCGUUCUAAAGCAGACGAAGGAAAAAAGGAUUAAAGAAGAGUUGGAUGAAAAGACGAAAGGAGUUAAGGAAUUCUAA